CAGGACGGGCGUCUCCUGCUUUCGGGCAACAGUUGCCACGAGCAGCUGGGCUUAGGAGAGGCAAUCUGCCCCGUCAGUUGUCCCUUCUCCGUCGUCUCCUCCCUCCCUCCUCCAAGGCCAAGGACAGCGACGUCCUCCUCCCUCUUCUCCUCCUCUUUGGUGCCCUCAGCCAGGAGGCGGGAGUGACCCACAGCAGCUGACCCAGCACAGGCACUGCCUCUCCCACAGCCCUCAGGACACACCAUGGGCCCAGAGGCAGGUUUGCAGCACAGCAGCGACGACGCAGGCGGCGGCCCCGGCGACUCUCAACUACCUCCCUGACGGCCGCGACCACCGCCCAACAGCCCCGAAAAGCCAGUGCCAUCGACGGCUGGAGAAUCUAGGGGCCCCCUAACCAUCUUCGCGGUCGACUCAAGCUACGUCAACAACUAUGGCGGGCGAGGGGCGGCGGGCGGAGCCGGUGAGGGAAGAAUGGGCAUGGUACGUCACGCCCAGGGCCCCGCUGCGGGAAAGAAGAUGCCGGCUCGCCCCUCAAAAUGGCGGCGGCAGUAAUGCGCCUGCGUACGGAACUCCGCCGUCGCGCCACGGCCGGCGGGAAGUGAGGUUCUCAGAAGAGCCGCCAGAAGUGUACGGUGACUUCGAGCCCCGGGUGGCCAAAGAAAAGUCCCCGGUGGGAAGACGAAUCCCGCUACGAGAGUUCCGGCCCGACUCUGGGAAAGAGGAAGUGAGAGAAAGCGCCUACUACCUUCGGUCUCGGCGGCGGUCGCAGCUGCGACGUCUGGAAGCCGAGGAGAUGCAGACGCGAAGGGCUACUCGCCUACAGCAGCACCAUUCACUGCAGCCUCCGCUGCAGCCGUCUCCGGUUACGACCAGGAGAGGGAUACGGGACUCUCAUUCCUCUGAAGAGGAUGAACCAUCUUCAAAUACUGUUGUAAGCCAAACAGUCUCAAAGAAAACUAUCUGGAGAACACAAGAAACUCCAGUGAUGAGUGAAGAUCCUAUAAUCGACCUGUGUAGACCCCCUCUAAGAAGCUCAAGAUCUGAUGCCACCAGUGUCCAACAGAAGGUCAACUUCUCUGAAGAAGGAGAAACUGAAGAUGAUGAUCGAGACAGCAGUGACAGUGUUAAGGUCAGAUCCGGGGAUUCUCUUAAUUUUGAAGGUCAAACCACCAGAUCAUCAAGUCAAUGUUCAGAAUCACGUUGGCAGUUAUCACAAAAUCGAGACUUCACAGCUCUUGAUAAGCAAUCUACAGUGCUAAGCUCGGGAUAUCAAAAAAACCCUCAGGAAUGGGUGGAACCAACCCCGAGAAUAAGGACAAGGAUGCAAACAUCAUCACCAGGCAGGAGUUCAAUAUAUGGCAGUUUUUCAGAUGAUGACAGCAAUCGGAAAUCAGAGCUUGGAAACUGGUCUCCAUCAACCUCCAGCCAACAAGUCACUGGACAACCCAAAAAUGCACCUUUUGUCAAGAUGAAGUUGUAUUUGCCACUUGUUCUGAUAGCUGCUGUCGCCACUGGGAGCUUUUGGUUCACUCGUACUCCUGAGGUAGAAACCACUGCUGUUCAGGAGUUCCAGAACCAGAUGAAACAACUUAUGGAUAAGUACCAAGGUCAAGAUGAGAAGCUAUGGAAAAGGAGCCUAACAUUCCUGGAAAAACAUCUUAAUAGUUCCCAACCUCGGCCUCAGCCUGCUAUCUUGCUGCUCACUGCUGCCCGAGAUGCUGAAGAAGCACUCAGGUGUCUGAGUGAACAGAUCGCUGAUGCCUAUUCUUCCUUCCGUAGUGUCCGUGCCAUCCGGAUUGAUGGGGCAGACAAAGCUACUCGAGACAGCGAUGCUGUCAAACUAGAGGUAGAUCGGGAACUGAGCGAUGGAUUCAGAAAUGGCCAGAAUGCAGCUGUGGUACACCGCUUCGAGUCACUGCCUGCAGGCUCCACUUUGAUCUUCUAUAAGUAUUGUGAUCAUGAAAAUGCAGCCUUCAAAGAUGUAGCCUUAGUCCUGACUGUGUUGUUGGAGGAGGAGACACUUGGAACCAGUCUAGGCCUAAAGGAAAUUGAAGAAAAAGUGAGGGAUUUCCUCAAAGUCAAGUUCACCAACUCGGACACACCCAACUCCUAUAAACAUAUGGACCCAGACAAAUUGAGUGGGCUCUGGAGCCGUAUUUCUCACUUAGUCCUGCCUGUGCAGCCUGAAAAUGCCCUGGAAAGGGGCAACUGCUUAUAAGGGAUGAUACAAGAGAAAAUCAUGUCUCAAGUUCUGAGAAUUUUUCAGACUUUCUAACCAGAGACCGGAUUCAGAGCUCUUUUUGAAAGAACUGGUUUCUUUUUAAAGGAAGUUAAGUUCUUAUGUAAACAUGGAACAUCUAAAUCAUAUAUUCAACCUAAUCUGUUACUUGAGAGAAUCAUUUCUCUAUUUCCAUGAGAUCUGUGUUAAUGGUGUCUGAGGACUAUGAAUUAUAUGCAGUCCCAUAGAGGAUCUAUUUAGAUUCUGUGCUGAAUCAUUGCUAUGAUAUGACCAGUGGGAGGGAGUAGGUCUCUUCCUAUGAAUCUUCCCAGUUUUUUAACUUAGAUUUUUCACCGAGUUUGUUGAGUCAUUAGUAGGACAGCUCCCUAAAUGCAACCGGUGGGUUUUCCCAUUUUGUUCUCUUUUAUAUCAUUUAGGUGUGAGUUCCUUAGUCAGCUUCUGCUUAUAGGAACGAAAGUAAUAAAAGGUCAUCUGAGUGUGUUUUUGGAUUUUUUUUCCUUUGUUUUUGGAAGGCAGGAGGAGGAAGCAAGGGAAAAGAGAGAAAUUUUGGAAUGGGGAAGGAAAGGGGAAGAAAAAAGUCUGCAAGAUGAAAUGUUAAAUUAAGCCACUGAGACUUAGUCAAACUUAGUUAUAUGAACUCCAUUCUCAGUGAAUUCUCUUGGGAUUUGUUUUUCACAUGUUUUUUUUUCCCCUUUAAGAAAUUUUUGGUUCUCCUAAGGAUUUUGAAGCAUGUAUAUCAUGAAGUUUUGUAUAUUUGUCCAUUUGACUCUUAAGGGUAGAUAAAUUCAGAGCAGUUUAUUUUGGACAUAUCCUGAAGCUAUUGUUUGAGUUAAGAUAUAUAAUUUCGGGAAUUGGUAAACCAUUUGUUAACCAGCUUUCUUGCACUAUUGAAGAAGGAUUUAAUUUUCUGCGUGUCCACUUGUAGUAGUCUAAGUCCUUGAAUGGCGCCCUUAUAACAAAUGUGAAGAUUUACUAUGUACCUGAUAGAUUUUAUUGAGUGCCUCAAGCCAAAAAGAAAGUAAACUUUAUACCUUAUAUGAAGAAUGUUAAAAUGUACUACUGUACAUUACUAUUAUAGUAUUUCAGUUGUAACUUUGCAUCUAUAACAGCUUGCUUAUCUAUCAACUGCUUUGGUUUCUUAGAAUCUUAAAAUUCUAGAUCCACCUUGUUUUUUUAUUGUCUACAAACCUUUAAAUGAAAAUACUGUUUUUAGAGUACUAGAGCGAGUCAUUGGCUUCAUCAUAUACCUUUUGAGGGUCCCAUGACUGGUAGUAGAGUCUGGUCUAGUUUCUUCCCACUAGGACUACCAGUAUUCAUAAAUUUAGACCCCUUAUUGUAAUUCCUUCCUGACCGUCAAAAGUCAGGUCAUCUGAUUUAUAGAGGAUUCUAAAACAAAAGUUUUUAAGAAGGCUUAUUUUAUACAUAUAUAUUAUAUGGAGAAGCAAAUGUUUUUAUUAAAUGUUUCACUGACCAAAAUAAUUUUAAAGUAAUUAAUGUUACUUAUAUCUUUCAAGAAAAAUAAUUGUAGCAGCUGAUCUGUAAAUGACUUUAAAAGCUAUUUUAGUAAUUUAAAUAAAUUUACUUUCUUGGUUUGUA